AUGGUCUACGCAAGGGAUCUUAGCAUCGCAUGGUGGGAUAACAACGAGUAUUGGUCAUGGCUUCCUCUCCGUGAGACACUCAUUGAAGCUGCUGUACUCGAAGCAGUUUGCUGGUUAGCGAUUGAUGGAAAGUUUGACACGAGAGAAUUGACACCAGAUACAAUGUACGAGGUGGUUUACGUUGUAAAGUUAGAAGAUACAGCGUAUGGAUGGACGACACCGGUGAAUCUCAAGUUGACUUUGCCCAAUAGUACUGCAAUACCGCAAGAGCGAAGUGUGAGCUUGAAGGAGAAUAUAGGGAAAUGGUGGGUAGAUAUACCUGCCGGUGAGUUCAUGACAUCGCCAGAGAAUGCUGGAGAAAUCAGUUUCUCCAUGUAUGAGAUCAAAUCCGGCAGAUGGAAGAACGGUCUCUUUGUCAAAGGUGUUGCAAUUCGCCCUAAAAACUAA